AUGGAAGAAUCAUCCUACGACUCUAGUCGCCCGAUGCCCGAUAUUCACCUGGCAUAUCAAUACAAACUAUCCAACUGCCCUGGAAAGAGUAUCGUCGGCCUGCACGUUACAUUUCCACCAAACGGCUCAACUCCACCCCAUCGUCAUGGAGAUUCUGCGGUCUCUGCCUACGUCGUCAGUGGAACACUACUGAACAAAAUGAACAAUGAUCCGAUGAAGGUGAUCCCCGCUGGAGGUACUUGGUACGAGGCUCCUGGUUGUCAUCACCGUAUCAGCGAUAAUGCUAGCAAGACCGAGCCGGCGGUUCUUUUUGCUACACUUGUUUUGGAUACUGAUGUUCUUGAGAGAGAAGGUAUGGAUGCUAUCAUUCAGAUUGAUGAGGAGUAUCGUUGA